GGUUGGUUGGUUGUUUGAUUGUUGGGUUAGUUGAUUCGAUUCUCUCAGGUCGUUACAUCUGUAGUGGUGGCAAAAGGACGAUGAGCAAAACAUUACACAGCACAAACAAAAGAACAUUUAUUCAAAAUUUUACCAUAAAUAGUUAACUAAUAAAUAACCAAGUGUACAUAAUUGUAAUAAAUACUAACGGUAGUUUUAGAAUUCAAUAAAAUUAAGAUGAUUUUGUGACAAAUUGCCGAUGAAAUUUGCAAAACGGAAUCGAAUCGAAUGAAGAAAAUUUGCGAAUGGUAUUAUUUUGUCGAAUAUGUCGGACGUGAGCAGCAGCACCAGCAACGAGCAGCCGUGAGAAAUCGAUACGACGAUGGUAUACACAUAAACAACAUUCCAAAAGAGGAAAGGCAAAAAAACCCAAACGAAGCAAAGAAAAACAGUCAAAAGGAUUGUCAUUCACACACCACAACACAAAAAAGAAAAAAAAAAGAAAUAAUAGAAAUAAUAAAAAUGAAAAACGAAAUAAUCCACAGAAACGCAAGAAAUUAUAAAUGGAAGAUUUAAAUUCGGAUUUUUUGAGUUUUAAACAAAUUAUAUAUAAAUACUUAUAUAUAUAUAUAUAUACACAACAACAACCACAACAACAACAUACAUCGCUCUCUCUAUAUAUAUAUCAUAGUUUAAACAAAAGAAGCAGAAACGAAAAAGGAAAAAAAAUAAUUCUACAAGAAGAAAAAAGUAAUCAACAAAACAACCAACCAAAUGGAAUCUAGAAGUUAAGACUAUUUACGACCAUGCAGAAUAUGCUCUCGCCAAAGGCCAACCAAUUGUGCUCGAAUAUUGGUAGCUGUGAAACGGAUCAUCAUCACAAUCAAAUGCAUACAUCAUCACAUGGUCAUGGGCAUUCUCACAACAAUGGCCAACAACAACAGCAGCAGCAACAACAACAACAGAUGCAUCAUCAACACAUGCAUCAACAUCAUCAGCAUCAACACCAGCAGCAACACCACCAACAGCAGCAACAGCAACAGACUCAGAUGCAAAUGCAGUUGCAACAGCAACAGUCAUCGCAUCAUCAUCACAGCCAACAGUCGCAGCAGCAGCAGCAACACCACCAACAUCAACACCAACAUUUGUCAUCGGUUAUGAAUCGACGUGGCAGCAGCAGUAAUGUCUUGCCACCACACAUGACACAGCUGUCGCUUAGCUCCGGUGCCAGCAAUGGCAGUGGGGGUGGGAGUGGCGGCAGCGGAAGUGCUGCUUCUGCUGCCUGUGUGGGCAGCAAUACAACACUGCGCCGUAAAUCAUCGCUGAGCUAUCAACAACAAUUGAUGGGCAACACAUUACAAUGCAGUUCGGACAUAACAACGGACUGCGGUACUGAAAUAUCACCGGGACAUUUUAGUCCCCAUCCCAAUGAACUGUACCUACAUCACUCGCACACGCAUCAACAGCAGCAGCAUCAGCAACACCAUCAGCAUCAACAGUCACAUCAACAGCCACCACCACCGCAUGUCAAACUAAGUCUGCAGCCCAUGGAAAGAUACGAUGACUCAUUGGCCUGUAGUUUGCCACCACCAUCACCGGCGCCCAACAGUGAUCGUUUUAUUGAUGGUAAUUGUGUGGUCUCGCCACCGAAUGGACACAAUGACGCCAGUGAUGAUCUUCUGCCGCCACACCAUCACCAUCAUCACCACCACCAACAGCAGCAGCAGCAGCAUCAUCAUCAGCAAACCUUGUCAUCUUCCACCUCGAACUCGUCAAUAUCAACCGGGGGUUUGGCUGGCUGUUCAUCGUCGGCAAUUGGAUGUGGACCAAUGAAUGCAUCGCUGCAACGCCACCAUGGCCUGAAAUAUGGUGGUGGCAGUGCUGGACAGAAUCUGCAACGUUCUGCCUCGCCCAAUACCAGCCGUUAUCGUUUGACGACGGCAACGACAACGGAUCAUCAUCGUUAUCGUGAUUUGAAUUCCAGCUCCAGCUCCUCACCCUCCAAUCCGGCAGCGGCAGCUGGCUCGGCGGUGCCAACGCAGACGGGACGUUAUCUGAGCAGUUCGUCUAGUCACUAUUUGAAAAAUUGCCCCCCACCAUCAUUGGUGCCGAGCGACACCUACAGCUAUUUGUCCUCGUCGGCCCAUACACCGGUCAAGCGUUACGUACCCACCCCACCACCACCCCAUGAGCUAUAUGUGGCCGAUCAUCAUGCGCACACACACUACAGCAAACCCCAGGUCGCAUCGUCGUCACAUCAGUCCCAGCUGCCACAGAUGGUGCAACAAUAUCCAGGUCCAACGGCUGUAACCACAACGAAAUGUGGACCUCAAUCCUCGUCUUCACCCAGUACACUGCCAUAUCGCAAUCGAAACUUGAAAUGUUGCUCCUCGGAUCAGCAAAUAGCUGGCGGCGAAUUGCAGCCGCUGGCCAGUCUAAAUCAAACGAAGGAACAUUACGCUUCGUCACCACGCAUUAGGGCCAGUAGUCAAUGUGGGCCUGCGGCGGCGGCCGCAGCAAUGGGGGGAGGUACAAAAAUAUCUGGCAAAGAUUCGCCGGUGGUACAUCAUCUGAUAAACAGCGAUGGUCAGGGUAUGAUGGCGGCCGCAGCGGCAGCCCACACCUAUAGCAAAACCUUCAGCAUGAUGACCACCCAGUGUAGUGUGGUGAAUCAGCCGCAUAUGGUGGCCACCAUUACGGCCGUGGGCUGUGUCAGCUCUCCCCAAAGUAGUCUGAACAUAACCAGUACUGUGGCACGUUCCCAGCUGCCGCCACCAGUGUAUGGCAGCAAUCAGCGUAACAUGGCCAGUGGCACGGGCAUGUGUUCCAUGCUGACGGACAUGCAGCAGGAGAUGUCCUCCACCACAAUAAGUGCCACCAUGUCGAAUAAUGUCGGUGACAUGAGCUCGCUUUCCUCGGUGGCAGCCACAACGACAGUGGGUCUCUGUACCACAAAUGUGAGAAAAGAUGAGAGCUCAACGGCGGGAGUGGCAGCCAACAACACAGGCCUGGUAUUAAGUUCUGGAGCGACAUCUGUUGGCUCCACCACCUCAGCUGCCACAUGUUUGCACUGCAAAACGGUGCGUCGUACCACAGGUGUUCAUCAGACCACACAGACCACUGGACCCAUAAGUCCAGUACCUCAAAUGAUGCCCACAACUCCCUUGGCAGCAGCAGCGGUGGCGGCAGCGGCCGCCUUAACCAAUUCCAGUGGCUCCAAUGGAGUCAGUGGUUCCAGCACUGCCAGCAAUCAAAGAUAUUUGGAACAGCAGCUGGCCAACAUGAACAUGACAACAUUAACACCCACCACCACCAAUGCCGCCGCCAACAACAACAGCAGCAGCAACAGCAACAAUGCUAAUGACAUAAACCACUUAACACCUCUAACGCCGCCAAAUGCUGGCCAAAUGCCGCUUGUCAAUCGUAUGCUCAACUCAAACCAAAAGAAGCAGCAGCAGCAGCAGGAUAUGGUCACUGACCAAAUGUACAGUCAACUCAAAACGAGUAGUAAUCAAAUGAUCCAGCAGCAGUCCCAGCAGCAGCAGCAGCUGAUGAAUGCGGAAUAUCAAAAUCAUCACCACCAGCAGCAGUUUCAACAACAGCAGCAGCAACAACUGCAAUUACAUCAGCAGCAGCAACAACAACAGCAGCUGCAGCAAUCACCCCAGCAGAUGCAGGAACAACAUUACAUGGUACCCUCAGCCAUGCGUACCUAUCAGCCGGCCCAGGUGGCCGUACAGCAGCAGCAACAGCAACAACAAUUAGCUCAGCCACAGCUACAAAUCCAGCAGGCCUCUCCGCCCCAGCUGGCUCAGCCACAGCUGGCACAACCCUCAUCAGCCGCUCUCAGCACAAUAAAUCAACAGCAGCAACAACAACAACGCUACUCUUGCAAAAAACGCUUCACCGAAUACAUGCGUCGCGAAAUGAUGCGCUUCUUUGGCCUUGAGGUGUCCACCGAAGCCGAAGACUUUGCCCUGUGGCAGGGCAGACAGCGACGUCUGGCCAUUCGACGUUUUGGCACACUGAAAACUGAAACCGCCGAGCUACCCGAAGGCUGUUCGCUGGACAACAAUGGCGCCAAUGGUUCACAUCCCUCAAAUUCCCAUUGUUCUGGUUUCAAUAAUGGCGCCCAACACUCACACUAUCAGCAGCAACAACAGCAGCAGCAAUCGCAGCAGCAGCCACAUCAUCAUCACUCACACAACCACUCACACAAUCACUCGCACAACCAUCACCAUGCCUCGGAACGACCCGACAUACUGCCUGUACAGGACACUGCCGACGAUGAUGAUAGCCAUGGUAGCGAUAGUGUUGGCUCCGGUGGGGCGCUGCGACGUCGCGGCGGCGGCCACCAACGUGAUCACUUCCAUCAUCCCUACUACAACAUAGACUUUCGAGCGGGCGACCAUGUGGAACGCAAACCAUCCGUCAUGUCUAUGCUGGUUUCAGGCUGUAGCUAUUUGGUGAACGCUCUCAACAAACGCCAAAUGGAUUUCCGGCAACGCCGCCAAUGGUCACGCAGUUUUGCCCCCGCUCAUGUACAGAAUCCCCAGAAUUUGGAUGGUUCGGCGGCGAACAAUGAAAUCUAUGAGGGUGUGGCGGCCCUAAACGAUGAGGUUUUCUUCGACUCACCCUCCGGCAUGGAUGCCAAUGCAAAUGCCAACAAUGGCUCUUCCACAUCGGGUGCCAAUGGGGCGGCCGGCACACCAUCCAACAAUCCAGCCCGAAAUCCCACAAUUAAUGGGGCCUCUGGCUCAGCUGGCGCCCAAAAUCUCGAUCGCCAAAUAUUCCAGAGUAAUCCACAGGGUUGGCGUACCACCAGCAACAACACCGUCAACCACAACGAAUCGGCCAACCUGCAACAGGCUGUGGUCCUACAUGGCUCCGCCAUACAGGAUCAGGAAAACUCUCCGCAACAGGGCCAGCAACAGCCGCCGCCACAAAUACCCGGCAUACGGGCCAAUCGCAUUUCAUCUCAAAUAUUGGAUGGCGUUCUGGAGAAUUCGCGUCGUCCCGCCACGCAAAAGAUAAAACUAUUCUGUGUUAAUGAUCUCGACGAUCGGACCGAUCAUCGGCCCUUCUUCACCUAUUGGAUUAACACUGUACAAAUUAUCGUAUUAUUUCUAUCGCUGCUGUGCUAUGGCAUUGGUCCCAUUGGCUUUGGCGUGGAGCAGAGAACCGGUCAGGUGCUGGUGACCAGCCUGAGUCUGCAGACGGUCCAGCACACGGAGCAGCGCAACAUUUGGAUUGGGCCGCGCAAUCAGGACCUGGUGCACAUGGGUGCCAAGUUUGCCACGUGUAUGAGGCGUGAUGUAAAAAUUAUCGAUGUAAUGAUGAAGACCCGGCGUCAGGAGCGAGAGACGGCCUGUUGUAUAAGAAACGACGACUCGGGUUGUGUACAAAGUUCGCAGGCAGACUGUUCGGUGCGGGGGCUGUUUCCAACGAAAUCCAUAUCAACCUGGAAGAAAUGGUCACCCGGCGAAUCGGGCCCCGGCGGUCGCAUAUCGGGCUCGGUAUGUGGCCUCGAUCCCAAGUACUGUGAUGCCCCCGCCUCCAUAGCACCAUAUGAAUGGCCCGAUGACAUCACCAAAUGGCCCAUAUGCCGUAAAACGAAUUCGUUUUCACAGCGUUUUCGUUUCAAGGAUCACACCGCCGAACAUAUGGUGUGCGAGGUGAUAGGACAUCCCUGCUGUGCGGGAAUCUACGGUGAAUGCCGCAUAACGACACGGGAAUAUUGUGAUUUUGUAAAUGGUUAUUUCCACGAAGAGGCUUCACUUUGCUCACAGAUCUCAUGCCUGAACAACGUCUGCGGCAUGUUCCCAUUUGUAAAUGUCGAAGUUCCCGAUCAAUUUUAUCGCCUCUUUACAUCGCUGUGCAUGCACGCUGGCAUUUUGCAUUUAAUGAUAACCGUGAUAUUUCAACAUGUGUUCUUGGCCGAUUUGGAGCGUUUAAUUGGACCCGUCCGAACGGCCAUCUUGUAUAUAGGUUCGGGACUAGCUGGCAAUUUGACAAGUGCCGUCUUAAUGCCAUACAAACCAGAGGUGGGUCCACUUGCAUCGUUAUCGGGUGUUAUAGCCUCACUGAUGGUACUAUUAAUAUUAUCGCAUUGGCAACAUUUACACAAACCACAUGUGGCCCUGUUCAAGCUGAUGUUUAUGGGUGCCAUACUCCUCGCUAUUGGAACGCUGCCAUGGCAACUGAAUUUUGCCGGUAUUUUUGCGGGUAUAUUCAGCGGUAUAAUUCUAACAAUAGCUUUAGUACCAUUCGUUAGUGUCACCAAAUAUCGGCGUAAAUCAAAGAUAAAUUUAAUAUGGUUUUGUAUUAUAUUCCAUGUAUUCGUUUAUGCCACAAUGUUAUUAAUUUUCUAUAUGUUCCCCACUGAAUUAACAAAGCUAAGUUUCGGCGAGGUGCUCACGAAUAGUUUUAAUAAUGGUGCUACCGGGGGUGGCCCAAUUGGCAGCGGCGGCAAUAUGGCCAAUGGCGGCGGUGGCGGUGGUUCGCCGGGCAUUAGCACAACUGAUAUUAUGCGCACAGGCAUUUCAAACAGCAACAAUAACAAUAAUAACAACAAUAAUAAUUAUAAUCGUCAGUCAUUUAUGCAUCAGCAACAGCCCCAGUAUCACUACCACCAUCAAUCGGAUGAUAUAAUAAUCAAUAAUGUUGCCGCUGUGGCGACGGCGACCCUGGCACCCUACAUCCAGUAACGAAGAAUCCCCAAUGGUGAAUUUGGCAGCGGAUAGGAAGGCGCAAGCUAGCUCGCGCGCCCUCUCUUACGUUUUCUUUUCAAUUCCGUUUACUUGUGUCUCUCUCCUUUGUUCGAUCUCUAAUUUAGUUAUUAUAUUAUAUAAUAAUUAAUAAUACUAUAUAAUAAAUUUAAGAAAACAAAACAAGAAACAGAACAGUAAAACAAAACAAAAAAAAACAACAAAUAAAUUUAAAAUUAAUGAGAUAAAACAAAUACAUCACACGUAUAGGUAAACGCGGGUGUGACAAUUCACCAUUUCUAUCAAACAACAACAAGAAUAAGAAGAAAAACCAAAAAAGAAAUAAAAAAACCAAA